GCAGCACGUGUCUCCCCUACCUGAGGUGUCCGUACUCACACCCGGCCAUGUGUACACUGACAGCCCGUCACCCGGGAAAGGAGGCGCGGGAGGAGGAGGAUACUUGCGCCCAUAGCAUAGAGUGGGAAACGGGACACGCCUCUGGCUGUAGGAUGAGACCCCCUGUAUUAUUUUGGAGGCCCUGGAUUCACAGCAGCUGCCGACAAGAGUCACCGAAAGGCUUGCCAUAUGCCCCAGGCCUGUGUGAAAUUCACCAAGCUGGACAGAGGCCUGCUGAGUACAACCACCCUGUGAGACUGUUUUGGCCCAAGUCUAAGCCAUUGGAUGAUAUGUACGUAGAAGCUGCUGAUUUAUUAAGAAGCUUUCCAGUCCAGGCCACUAUAUCUUUCUACAACGAUUCAGAGUCAGACACAGAUGAUGAAAACACUGAGGAAGAACACGAUUCUGGAUUUGAAUCAGAAUAACAUCUAUACAUGUGUUAUGUACAGUAUAUAACUUCAAGUGCACCCAUCACCUAUACAUAGUGGUGGCGGUCACUAUGGAGGUGGAAAUUAUACUAAACCUAUGAAUUAACUAGGAACUAGUCGCCAUAAUCUUUACAAUGGCUCUGCAAUAUGUGUGCCUACAAAUGCGGACACAACAAGUGUAGUGGCUUCAUGUUUCUAAUUAUCAUUAUUAGAAUUAAUGUUAUGUUUAUACUGCUGGGGCUGCACAGGUAGGUCGUUUUCUGAACUGCACACCUGCUGCAUGUUAGCCAACUUCUGUGUAUAUGGCUGACAAGGCUGGCUGCACUGAAAGUGCUGUGAUGCCAUGUGGCUCAUUGGAUGAAGAUUAAUAAGAAGGCCGAAUGGAAAAAAUGAACAGAGCGCAGGAUGGGAGUUUGGUUGCGGUCAAAUGCUUAUAAAGGCUAACUGCUCCCUCCAUGGGAUAGGUACAGCAAAUAUACCCCAUCUUCUCCAUAGGCAAAUAGAGGCAAUUACUAUUUUUUUUCCAAAGCAUCUUGUUUCAUUUGAACUCCACAAAGGACUAUGUGAAUCAAAAUUUGGCCUUUAAAAAUUGCCACCCUUUAUUGCCUAUAUAAGAGAACUUAGCAUUUAAGUGGAAACCUUUUUUAUGUAAAAUUGUAUAAUA